AUGGAAGAAGAGGACCGACACAGUGCUGUUAUCCCCAGUUUACGUGGUAAACCACCUCCACGAACUCCAAGUGCAAGUCGACAAGCAAGCCGAGCUCAAUCAAGGCACUCAGCGCAUAGUUACGACCCAGUUGCUUCCGUUGAACGUCACCAGUCUGUGGAUCGAAUGGCUUCUCGAGCAUCGCAAAGAAGCGAAAAGGAGAAUGAACGUCGGAAUUCUUCGAGUUCGAGGCAGCGUUCGUCUUCCAGAUCAUCGAGAAGAGCGAGUACACAAUCAACACAGGCAAAGCCUGCUGUGGAUCGUCAGCAUCUUCAAGAAUCCUAUGAAGUUCCGGAUGCAGGUGGUGGUGGCGUAGCGACAGAUGCCUACGGAAGACCAACAAGCUUUACAAUCAUGUGA